CAAGCAGGAGAUGGUCCGAGGUGAGAGCAGAGCUGGAAAGACCCGGGAGCUGAGGAACGGGUGAAGGCCAUGCCGCCCCCUGGGAAAGUUCCCCGAAAGGAGAACCUGGGGCUCCAGUGUGAGUGGGCGUCCUGCUCCUUUGUGUGCUCUGCCAUGGAGGAGUUCUGUGAGCACGUCACUCAGCACCUGCAGCAGCAUCUGCAUGGCUCCGGGGAGGAGGAGGAGGAGGAGGACCCGCUGGAGGAAGAAUUCUCCUGCUUGUGGCAGGAGUGUGGCUUUUGUUCCCUGGACAGUUCUGCUGACCUCAUCCGCCAUGUCUACUUCCACUGCUACCACACCAAGCUGAAACAGUGGGGGCUGCAGGCCCUGCAGAGCCAGGCUGACCUCAGCCCCUGCAUCCUGGACUUCCAGAGCCGCAAUGUCAUCCCUGACAUCCCUGACCACUUCCUGUGUCUGUGGGAGCACUGUGAGAGCUCCUUCGACAAUCCUGAGUGGUUCUAUCGGCACGUGGAAGCACACAGCCUGUGCUGUGAAUACCAAGCAGUCGGCAAGGACAACCAUGUGGUGCUCUGUGGCUGGAAAGGCUGCACCUGCACCUUCAAGGACCGCUGUAAGCUUCGAGAGCACCUCCGCAGCCAUACCCAGGAGAAGGUAGUGGCCUGCCCCACCUGCGGGGGCAUGUUUGCCAACAACACCAAGUUCUUAGAUCACAUCCGGCGCCAGACCUCAUUGGAUCAGCAACGCUUCCAGUGCUCUCACUGUUCCAAAAGAUUUGCCACGGAGCGGCUAUUGCGGGACCAUAUGCGUAACCACGUGAAUCACUAUAAGUGCCCUCUGUGUGACAUGACCUGUCCGCUGCCAUCCUCCCUCCGAAACCACAUGCGCUUUCGCCAUAGUGAGGACCGGCCCUUUAAAUGUGACUGUUGUGACUAUAGCUGCAAGAAUCUGAUCGACCUCCGGAAGCAUCUGGACACCCAUAGCAAGGAGCCAGCCUACAGGUGUGACUUUGAGAACUGCAGCUUCAGUGCCCGAUCCCUCUGCUCUGUCAAGUCCCAUUACCGAAAAGUGCAUGAAGGAGACUCAGAGCCAAGGUACAAAUGUCACGUGUGUGACAAAUGCUUCACAAGGGGCAACAACCUCACCGUGCACCUUCGCAAGAAGCACCAGUUCAAGUGGCCCUCAGGGCACCCCCGUUUUCGGUACAAGGAGCACGAAGACGGCUACAUGCGGCUGCAGCUGGUUCGCUAUGAGAGUGUAGAGCUGACACAGCAACUGCUGCGGCAACUACAGGAGGGCUCGGACCUGGGCGCAUCCCUGAGUGAGAGCAGCCUGCAGGGCACCAUUUUAGAAACAGUACCAGGGGAGCCAGGACCCCAGGAAGAGGCGGAAGAGGAAGAGGAGGGCAGGGGCGAUGAGGCGACAGCUCUCUCAGCCUCUCAGGACACUCCCAGCCCCGUCAUCCACGUGGUGAAUCAGACCAACGCCCAAGGCGAGCGAGAGAUUGUCUACUAUGUGCUGUCCGAGGCCCCGGGAGAGCCCCCCCCAGCCACUGAGUCCCCCUCAGGGGGCAUCAUGGAAAAGCUUUGGGGAAUAGCUAAGGAGCAAGAAGUCCAGAUGGUGUGAAGGCUGCAGAGCCUGCCCCCAGGCCCUGGGGUUUGAGCUGAGCUGGUGGCACUGCCCCUAGUGGGCAGCCCUUGCCAAUGGAUGCCUUUAGGAAUGGUGCUGAGAACAGUACGGUCCACUCUGGACCCAGCUUGCAUCGUUCGGCAGACUCUAACGACUUCCCUUUUCUGCCAGAUCACAUUUUGUGGGGAUCCUGAGGAGUCUAGAUUCUGUGAGGGAGACACCCUGGUUGUGUGUGUUCUUAUACAGGUGGCUAGUAUCAGGCUUAACCAUAACCCUCUAGACAUGCUGGAACAGUGAUUAAAAUCCAUAGUCAACGCGCAUCUAUUCCCAUCUUUAGGGUCCUUAGGCCCAGGGACGACCUGUCACUGGUGCCUGCAAGGGCCCUUCCUCACAACCAGCCGAAGCAUUGUGAACCAGGCAGCCGUUUCCCUGUAAAGGGUUACUCCUCCAACCCCAAGGAGUUUCAUGGUUAUCCUCAGGGACAGGAUCGGAGGCACUGAGUGUGUGUGUAACAGUUGUUUUUGGUAAUAAAAAAAAACCACUUGGGCUGUUAACUCA